CUGCUCCAGCCAGUCCGUGUGGGUCACGUGACGCGUGGUGGAAUAACAGAGUAGACCUAGUUGUCAGCAAUCGGUUGUGUGAAGAUGGCCGAUUUAUGCUAGCGAUCUAAAUCUUAGCUUCAUCGUCCGCCAGGAUAAUCUAGCACAUCUCAUCUACUUGUUGUGGACAUUUCCACUGUUUUAAUCAUUUACAAUGGCAGAGCAGAACAGCAACGUGAGGUAUCAAGAGCUGGUUAAUGAAGAGGAGCCAGCCCAGGCUUCACAGGAGGCCCCCACCCAGGACGCUCCUCCACCCUACAGCAGUGUCACUGCAGCGAAUGCAGCCUUCUUUGACUACAAAGAGGAUGGAGGAAGCUUCCCAAAUCCCCCAUCUUACAAUGUGGCCACAACACUGCCCUCCUACGACGAAGCAGAGAGAACCAAAGUAGAGUCUGCAAUCCCAUUGGUUGCUGGCCGAGUGACGGAGGACGAUUUUGUUGCCAGGGAUGAGUUUGAAGACGCGGACCAGCUACGGAUAGGAAACGAUGGCAUCUUCAUGCUCACUUUCUUCAUGGCAUUCCUGUUCAACUGGAUUGGCUUCUUCCUGUCGUUCUGCUUGACCACAUCAGCAGCGGGCCGAUACGGGGCCAUCUCUGGAUUCGGCCUGUCCCUCAUCAAAUGGGUUCUGAUCGUGAGGUUCUCCACCUAUUUCCCGGGCUACUUCAACGAGCAGUACUGGCUGUGGUGGGUUUUCCUGGCCCUGGGCUUCAUGCUCUUCAUCAGAGGGUUCGUAAACUACUCCAGAGUGCGCAAGCUGGCAGACCCCGCCUACGCCACUCUGCCUCGGACACGGGUGCUCUUCAUUUACUAGAGAACGUUCCGGACAAGUGGAGGCGGAAGAGUUCUCACUCGACCGACAGUGAAAGCACCAGACUGAAGCGGCUUCUCUACAGGAUGAGGUCGGGGAGGGAAAUAAACUCAACGAAAACGAAACAAAAAAAAAACUGAACCCUGACACUUGUUUCCGUUUUAAAUAUAUUGAUGGUAAUUUGUAACGGUAUUAGUCUUUCUAUGUAGUCCGUAGUGGCUUAUGUUAAGUGCUUUCACAUAUACAUCUGUAACAUAUUGAUUAAUGCCUUAUAUUGUUUUGUUGGAAGUGUGCUGGCAUGCAUUAGUCCCUUCAAGUCAAUAGGGAAGUCUUCUGUUGGUGAUACGACUAGGAGCCCACUGGCAUUUUGAAUUGGCAACACUUGUUUUGAAGACUUGUGAUGAGCAUGCAGAACACAUUGUAAAUUUCCCCCCAUGAUUACUCUGUGUGAUGAUUAUACUGUGUUUUUAUAAUGCAACAUUCACCCAAGAGACAAGGUAGGACCAUGCUGUAAAUGUCACAGUUGAUUCAAUUCACUGACCUAUUUUUUUUUUGGCUUUGAACAACAUUGCAGUUAAGCCUAUAGAGGGCGGUAUUAGCGUUUGCUUUAGUAAUCACAGUACUGAAAUGGGCAUCCACAUCCAUGCUAGUAAUGUUCUAUUUGAUGAAGUUGAUAGUGUAAUGGCGCAAACACACAUUCACUCACACAGCAGUAACUUUAAUUUAGGCUAUUAGGCAAAUGCUUUGUGUAAUCCCUGUGAUUUGAGGUGGUUCUUCUGGUAUUUGUUAACAUAAAUCAACAAACGUGUUCACAAAUCAAGCAACCAUAAGCAUCCAAGCAAGAUAACCAAGAGUGACGCACGGUGCAGCAUUUGCAUUGAGCAAGAAGGGAGCCACCGAAUUAAAGUGUGGGUGUGAGGGCCUUGUUUUAUAGGCUACUUGUAUGACCUAUGCCCAUGCUGUAUCCAAAACGUUAAUAUCUAAAUUAAUUACGCAUGUGAUACAUUGCUAUUGGGGUCAGCUUCUCUAAUAUAUAUUUGAUGUAGAUGUUUUGUCCAGGAAUGAUGUACCUUUCAAAAAUCAUAACUUUUAUUUGGCCCAGAUUCUGAUGCAUUUCUGGGUUGAGAUUAACUUUAAAGGCAUUAUUUCAAGAGAAAGUGUAUAUAUAUUUUGUUCAUUUAAAAAUUUUUAGCCAGUUGCUUAUGGGGCAAUUUAGAAAUGUAGUAGGUGUCAAAACCCUGCUAU